CUUUUUAAUUGUGACACAUAAGAAUACUAAUUUCUAGAGUUAUAUAACUUUUAGAAGCUUUAUGAAAUGACUGGAUCAUCGAAUUGUAAAAUAAAAUGUUUUAUAUUAUGUCAGGUCCGUAAAUCCUCCCAUUUUCCACUGUAAAGCUAUUGAUUCUCUUUCAAUUUGGUUAUGACAAAUGUAAAUUGUGACUUUCGUUUAUAUAUUAUUAACGAAUUGAAAUCGAAAGUAGAACAGAGGAGUGGAUGGAGUAUCCCAGUAUCCCAUAAGUAGAUCGGAGGGGAGAACUAUAUCGAAUAAUGACCCAGACAUAGUUGCACGCAAUGACAAUCGAGAUUGAAAAUCGACCGACCAGUUCCUUCGCGGUGAAAAUUGAUGUAAGUUGUUUAUCUCUUAUUUGAGAAUUUGAGGUUAUGCUGGUCGUUCGUCGGUAUCUGUCGGCGCAUCAGAGUAACACCAGAGAAAACUAAAGAAGUAACAGCGAGAAGGCCAAUAUGAGCUUAGACAGUGAGUGCGACAAAGUGAAGAAAAUAAUGAGAAACGAAGUAGCGUGCAAUGGAAGCGAAGGUGUCGAAAAGAAUGAAGAGGAUGCAGAAGGAUCGAUCAUGCUGAACUCGGAAGAUAUCGAUGAGAAACAACAGAAUACGAUGAAGGGUGACACCGUGGGAGAUACGGUUUACAGUGGAAAAUGGAUAAUCACCACUCUUAUAUCUUUAUCCAAGGUUUACGAAAAUGGAUGGAACGACGAUCUCGAGAGCGAUCUCUGUAUGUUAUGGGAUAUGACAGCCGAUAAAGAUAUUGUAUCAUUUCUCAUGGAAAAUGAAUUUCUUAAAAUGGCCGAGUUUACACUGAAAGUCUCAAACGAGCCACGUCUGACGGAAAUAAUUCUUGGUAUUAUUGGUAAUAUGUGCUGCCAGAGCGAGGUUCUAGAUGCAGUAGCAAAUAGAACGGAUUUGGCCAAAGCAAUAUUGGAUCUCGUAGCGAGCGACGAUCCCGAGACGCUGAUACAAUUACUGAGACUGCUGCGUACGGCCGUCUGGGAUAUUUUGAAAAAUCGCGAGUCCGCCUGGUCUGAAUGCCUACGAGCAUCUGAAAUCUUAGGACACGCAAUAGUCUUCAUCAUGGAAAGCUCGACAAACGACGAUUUAUUGACUGCUGCCAUGGAUUUUCUGCAGUCGAUCUCUGCUUUAGGCAGCUUAUUCGGCAAACUCUUUGACAUCGCUCGACUCCUCCCUGCACUUCUCGAGUCGUUUACGCAGCUCAUUCGAAGAGACGAAGAUGUGCGGCCCUACACGCAGACGGAGCUUAAAAUCAUAGAAAAUUGGCUUACCAUAAUCUCGAAUGUCGCGCAGAUGGAUCCGUUUAAAUGUCAGAAUGUUCACGAGAACGAACAAUUUCGAAUGAUAUUGAAUGUCCUCGUGAGAAUAUUGCAGCCCUAUAUUCAUUCGUAUAACUUAAUCCCAAUCGAGGAGCGCUCGGCGCUCUGCAUCCACCAGUGCGUCGACCUGAUCUCGUCGUUUCAACGCAAUCAGAUGUACGCGACGCCUGAAAUUAUUUACGUCAUCGUAACGAUACUAUCUCAUCUUGGAUCAGCAAUGAAAGUGGACAUCGACGAUGAUAUUGACGACAUCGAGGCUGACCCAGAUAAUAUUGCGAAUGAACUUUACCAGUAUUUACUGAGAUUUUGGAUAGAAACCUUGAGAAUUUACGAGAGCGAUCGUGUCGCUGAGAUUCUUCAACUAUGCGAGAAUACUGUUAUAAAGCAACUAAUCAAAAUCUCUGAGUCCCACGUUAAAACUUGUCACGAUGCCAUGGAGAAGCUCAUGCAGACGAAGUCGUUGCUUCGCUAAACCUUAAUUUCAAUUCGUUUUUCUAUGUUCUACUAGUGCGAGUACGAUUUUUGUGUACAAUAAAGUAUUUCACUUGUAAA